GAUACUUUACUGGUUAGUAGUUCAGUGAACUAAAACAGUGAAACUGUUCACAGCAAUCUUUUUGCACUUUGUUGCAGAGAGAGGUUAUAAAAGCUGUCUUUCAAACCCAUCCAUAACGCACAUCAUCACACACAGAAAAACAAAACCAAAGAGCGCACGCAAUGACAAGCCAUGGCUCAUCGUUUUCGAGCCUCCCAAACUAUCUCCAAGCCGUCGCUAAAACUCCCUCUCGCUUUGCUCGUCGCGGCUUCUCCGUCUCCACUUCUUACGAAGAAAUGAGCCGUGUUCGAGCUAGGUCCGGCAACAGCAUGCGCAAAAGCCUCCGUUGGUUUGACUUAGUCAGCUUUGGUAUCGGUGGAAUGGUCGGCGCCGGAGUCUUCGUCACCACUGGCCACGCUACCCGUGUUCACGCUGGCCCUUCCGUUGUUCUAUCUUACGCCAUUGCCGGUUUCUGUGCUCUCCUCUCUGCCUUUUGUUACACUGAGUUUGCGGUUGAUAUGCCGGUCGCCGGUGGCGCUUUUAGCUACCUCCGUGUCACAUUCGGUGAAUUUGCGGCCUUUAUAACCGGUGCAAAUCUCAUCAUGGAUUACGUGAUGUCAAAUGCUGCAGUUGCUAGAGGUUUCACCAAGUACGUCGGCACCACAGUCGGUGUCUCUUCUGCUAAAUGGAGGAUCACCGUUCCUUCUUUUCCGGAAGGGUUUAACCAAAUCGACUUGGUUGCUGUCGUUGUUGUUUUACUCAUCACAGUGGUUAUCUGCUACAGUACGAAGGAAAGUUCGGUGGUGAAUAUGAUAUUGACGGGGUUGCACAUACUGUUCAUAGCAUUUGUGAUAGUGAUAGGUUUUUGGAAAGGGAGUUGGAAGAAUUUAACGCAACCAGCAAACCCGGAGAAUCCAUCCGGUUUUUUUCCACACGGGGCUGCUGGUGUGUUUAAAGGUGCAUCAGCUGUUUAUUUAAGCUACAUUGGUUAUGAUGCUGUUUCAACAAUGGCGGAAGAGGUUAAGGAGCCUGUGAAAGAUAUUCCUAUAGGUGUUUCUGGAUCUGUUAUUAUUGUCACUAUUCUAUAUUGUCUUAUGGCAGCUUCAAUGUGCAUGCUUCUUCCUUACGAUAUGAUCGAUCCUGAAGCACCGUUUUCAGCAGCUUUUAAAUCCGACGGAUGGGGAUGGGCGUCAAGAGUGAUAGGAGUGGGGGCCAGUUUUGGAAUAUUGACAUCAUUGAUAGUUGCUAUGUUGGGUCAGGCUCGUUAUAUGUGUGUCAUUGGACGUUCUAAUGUGGUCCCUGCUUGGUUUGCUAAGGUCCACCCAAAGACAUCCACUCCUGUCAACGCCUCUGCUUUUCUUGGGAUCUUCACAGCAGCAAUUGCACUUUUUACUGAUCUUGAUGUUCUCCUCGAUCUUGUGUCAAUUGGCACACUCUUUGUAUUUUACAUGGUGGCAAAUGCUGUGGUCUAUAGACGUUAUGUGGUGGCAGGGACAACAAAUCCAUGGCCAACAGUGUCUUUUCUCCUCUCAUUUUCCUUCACUUCCAUCAUGUUCACCCUUAUUUGGAAAUGUGUACCAACAGGAGUAGCAAAAGCAGGGAUGUUAAGUGCCUGUGGUGUACUUGCUGUAGUAAUAUUGCAACUUUUUCAUUUCACUGUCCCUCAAGCUAGGAAGCCAGAAUUUUGGGGUGUACCACUUAUGCCAUGGAUACCAGCAAUUUCAAUCUUUUUGAAUUUGUUUUUGCUGGGAUCACUUGAUGGGCCAUCCUAUGUUAGAUUUGGAGUCUUUUCUGCUGUUGCAGUGCUAUUCUAUAUUUUCUACAGUGUUCAUGCCAGCUUUGAUGCUGAAGGAGAUGGUUCUCUUGGUCAAAAGAAUGGUGAAAUCAAUGUGGAGUCAAAAGAAAGUGUGGACCAAAGUUUCAAAGUGUAGUAGAUCUAUAUAUAAUUUAAUCAUUAUAUGCUUAUAAAUUUCAAUUCAAAAUGACUUCAACUUUUUUGGAUGGUUAAUGUUCACUAGAAACUAGUGGGGAGGAAGAAUUAUGUGACAUGAAUAUUAAAUUUAUUAGAAUAUUAGAAUAGGCUGCAACCUUUGUAGAAGUGGCGAAUUGUAUAGUUAAAAGGCAGCUUAGGUGAUAAUCCCUUUUGUAAAUUCUUUGGUUCAUGUCUUCAUCCAAAAAAAAAAAAAACUUAAUUGCACUUUUUCCCCC